AUGGAUAGCGUGUUUGGUCCGACGUUUGCGGAGAGGAAAGUCCUGCUCAGUCUUUGCAUUGAGGAUAGUUCUUUGAAGAAGAAAUAUCAGGGCUGGAUCGCGCCAACACUGCUCGGCGACGAGAGUGGAGUGUCUGCAUCAUCGGCUUGGGCGCAGGUGAAGAAGACGGUAGACUUUGAUAGAAUAAGAGAAUGGCUCACGUUCUGCAAUGAGCAUCACCUGACUGAUUUUAGGAUGCAGACGCUCGACAAGAUUCCCUUCUUUUGGCUUAUCGACUGCGCGACUCGCUCGAUUAUCAACGCCCCUGAUCAAGCUGUCCUGCAAUAUGUAGCAUUGAGCUAUUGCUGGGGCCCUCUUUCUGGUGCCCCACUAGACAACCCCAGCGAACUACCCCCAGUUGCAGCACUGGUGAUUGAAGAUGCUCUUCACGUUGCCCGCGAACUUGGCAUCCCUUAUCUUUGGGUAGACCGAUAUUGUGUCUCGCAAUCAGUUCGCGAGAUCCAAGCUCCACAGCUACAGAACACGCACAAAGUCUAUAGAUCGGCAUACGUGACGAUUAUCGCAGGCUGUGGGGAAGACCCGGACUUUGGCACUACCCUUCCGGGCGUGACGAUCCGAUAUCGAAAGGCGCAAACCUCUGUGCAAACACAUGGCCACAUAUUGACAUGUAUUCCUGAUGCCCAGCACGAUAUUCAAAAGUGCAGAUGGUCGACGCGCGGGUGGACAUACCAGGAAAACCUCCUUUCGAAACGCCGCCUGGUCUUCACAGAAAGCCAGGUAUACUUCCAAUGCUGGAACAUGCACUGCAGCGAAUCGACGCCGCUCCGCUUGGAACAAGCGCACACAAAGGAUCUCAUCAGAUUCAAAAAUUCCAUCCACACACUGUGCGUGUUCCCCCAAAAGAGCAUCAGGAAGACAAGCAACGAAGUCGUAGCACGCAUCCAAGAGUAUCUCGAUCGCCGCUUUUCCCAAGAAUCAGAUGCGCUCAACGCGUUCCUCGGAGUCUACGAAGCGUUCAAAGAGCUAGAACAACCGAUUUACAAUUUCUGGGGCUUACCUACUCGUGUGGCGAACUUCACACCUCGUUUCUCUCUUCGCUGGCUUGGUCGAUGA